GUCAUUUGGCGAUGGAGAAGCUCCAACUGUACAUCUUCUACUUUCUUGUCGUUUUGUCCUGCGUCGGAGCAUCAAGCGACAGAAGACGACGUGGUCGGGUUCGUUCAUUUGUUUUUUUUUGUAUGUUUAGUUUCGGAAGUCAAUAAAAUCUCAAUUACCGUCAAUUCUACUUAAUUGCUUAUUUGUGAGAUGCCAUGGCGUUGCUGUCAAUUUCAAGUCAUUUCGCGAUUCGUUUGAAGUUAGAUAAUCUAAUUCAUCGAUCGAAACUCACGCAAUUUCGGUUUUAUACUUGACCGACAAUAUAUAUAUAAAAUUUAUAUACAGUAUAUAUAUAUAUAUAUUGUUUAGUGGAUAUACUGUAUAUAUUAGAUAAUAAUAUAUAUAUAUAUAUAUAUAAUGCGUAUACAGAUAUAUAAGAAAAAGUCGAUCGACCUAGUUCAGACAUUUAAACGACCAAAUCCGAUUUUACUUAAUUAUAAAAAUUUGUAAGCCUAGCGGUACGAAUUGAUUCGAUUUAUAAGAAUGCUGGACGAAAGCGGUUUCUUUGUGUUUAUUGAUUAUUCCCCAUUCCUCUCGUUAUCGGUUAUUGAUGUGCAGCUACACUGUUCUUCGAUUCUUGCAGUUUUACCAUUUGUGUAUCAUUUUACGAGAAACAGAUCUGCAGUACAGUUUUUUCUUGUAACCGAAAUAUUCCCUCUAAAUGCUUACAAAAGAAGGAGCUGCAAAAAACUUGACUGAUUCAAAUUAGAUGCUGUACGCUCCCUCGAUUUGGUGCAGUUGGGCUUUAGGGAAUUCUUCGUUAACAAUAUCAAUGCGCUUGUUCCUUUUUUGUCUCUUUACAGUUUCUGGUAUACUUAAUUAAUAUUUAAUAUCAAAAUAAAAAAUAACUAAUUAAAUAACAUAAAAAAUUAGCAAUGUUAACAAGUGAUGUUUUACUGAAUCUCAUAGUCUGGCAUUUUUCUGAUUAGUCAUGACAUUAGGGCAUAUAUCAUCUUUUCAUGAUUGCUAAACUAUGAAUUACAGUGUGGCGGAGCAGGAGACAAAUGCUACGCAACUCGUCGAUGUUGUUCUGGUUACAUUAAACAGUGCCGCUACCAAAGUUUCUUAUCCUUGCAAUUCACGAGCUAAUAAACUUGCAGAUUCGCAUCCCGAAAGUCCAGGAAAUUGCAUGAAAGAAAAAGAUUUAAACCCAUGUAGUGACAGUGGAGAAUGUGGGCCAGGUGUUCGGUGUGUUCCCUUGGGUCCAAAUAGGGAAAAGUAUUGCUUGGCUAGAUAUCCCUCUCAGCAUCAUUCUCAUGUUCCCGAGACUGGAAGAAAAAGUGGAGACAUAGGCGCUGAUUGUGAAACGGAUGAUGAUUGCAAGGACACCACUGACGAGAAUGACAGGUUAUGCUGUCAAGUAGUCACCUUCUUUAGAAGAAAACCUAGAAAAAUGUGCGACCGAAUUCACUACGAUACAAAAUGCAUUCUUUAA